CCCAAAAUCAUCUCCUUUGAUGCCUUUGGCACAUUGUACACUCCAAUAAAGCCCUCAGUAACUCAGUAUUAUGAGAUAGCUUCCUUACCUUACUAUAACUAUCACAAACCCUUAGCGCAAUUGAAUAAGGAUUUUGGUGUUUAUUUCAAAUAUUUAUAUAAAAAGUAUCCAAACUACGGGAAAUACUCAAAUAUUUUUGAGCAUGCUGAUUACUGGUGGGCCUACUUGAUAAGAAAAUUAUUCGAGCCUUAUGUUGUUUCAAAUAAAUUUUUAAAUCAUUUAUUGAACGAUCUAACUUUUAACGCUUAUAGCACAUUUGACGACUUGAAGUACAUAUCGAGAAAAUUAAAGGAUAUUGAUUUAAAUAACUACAAUAAUGAAAUUGGUAAUAUGGAAAAAAUGAAAACAAAGGAUAAUAAAAUAAUAUUUGUUGUGAUAAGCAAUGGCGAUCCAAGAGUAAAAUUAAUACUAGAUUCUUUAAAGUUAUCUUAUAAACCUAACCAAAACCACAAUUCUCAAUCUUUUUUCAAUGAAAAUUUUGUCUUUAUUUCCUAUGAUAUCGAUUUAUUCAAGCCUGAUAAAAAAUUUUUUGAUUAUGUUUUGAAAUCAUUGAUUUCUAAGGGGCUUAUCAUCAAUUAUGACAACAAUAACAUUGAAAACCUGCAAAUUUUAUUGAAAAGUUGUUGGCAUAUCGGUGAUGAAUAUGGCAAAGAUGUUCUUGGAGCUAAAAAUGCAGGCUGGAACGCAAUAUUGGUGGAUAGAAGAAAUAAUUUCGGUUUUUUUUCAAAGAGAAACGUUUUUCCUAAGGAAAAAUUGGAUUUAAUUGAUCAAAAAAGUACGAUGUCUUUGGCAACAAUGGAUGAAUCCCAAACCAAUUUUAAACUGGACUUAAUUGAUGAAAAACUUGUCAUUACAGAAGAUAAAACGAUUAUUGUAAAAGAUUUAUGGCAACUUGGGAGAGUAUUCAAUAUUUAA